AUGCAAUCCAACAAAUUUGCUAUUGGAAUUGACCUUGGAACAUCAUAUUCUUGUGUCGGAGUUAUGAAAAAUGGAAAAGUUAAAAUUAUUUACAAUCAAGAAGGCAGAAAAACCACACCAUCUUUUGUUGCAUUUACUAAUAAUGAUAUAUUAGUUGGCGAUUUUGCUAAAAACCAAAUGACAAUAAACCCUGAAAAUACUGCAUUUGACGCUAAACGACUUAUUGGCCGACUUUUUGAUGACCCUACUAUACAAAAUGACAUAAAACACUGGCCUUUUAAAGUGAUAAACGAGAAUGGAAAACCGAAAAUUGAAGUAGAGUUUAAAAAAGAAAAACAAUGUUAUGCUCCUGAAGAUAUAUCUUCAAUGGUACUUAAGAAAAUGAAAACAAUUGCUGAAAAUUUUUUAGGAACUAUUGUAACUGACGUUGUGGUUACUGUCCCAGCAUAUUUUGCAAACCCUGCUAGGUUGGCAACAAAAAAUGCUUGCAUUAAAGCCGGUCUAAACUUGUUGGGCAUGAUUAACGAGCCAACAGCUGCUGCUCUUGCUUAUGGUCUAGAAGAAAAGUUUCAAGAAAAAAAGAAUAUUCUAGUAUUUGACUUAGGUGGUGGAACUUUUGACGUUACCGUGCUCACUAUAGAAAAUAACAACUUUAAUGUUAAAUCAACCUCUGGUAACUGCCAUUUAGGUGGGGAAGACUUUAAUAGUCUUCUUGUCACGUAUUUAAUAAAUGAAUUUGAAAACAAACAUAAAAUUGAUUUGUCAACAAACAAACGGGCAGUUAGUCGAAUUCGUCUUCAAUGCGAAAAAGCCAAACGGUAUCUCUCUUCAACGUUAGAUACUACUAUUAUAAUUGAUUCAAUUUAUAAAAACUGUGAUUUAGAAAUUGUUAUUACUAGAGAUUGUUUUGAAAAACUUUGCUUUGACCUUUUUAAUUCAACAUUGGAAUCGGUAAAAAGUGCACUACAUGAUGCAAACCUUAAAAAAAGUGAAAUAGAUGAUAUACUCCUAGUUGGUGGCUCAACACGUAUUCCUAAAGUGCAAGAGUUGUUGAGAAACUUUUUCAAUGGCAAAAAUUUAAUUAAAUCGAUAAAUCCUGAUGAAGCUGUAGCUUAUGGAGCAGCAAUCCACGCUGCAUUUCUUCACAAGCAAGUUAGCGACACAUUGAUUCCAAUGCUUCAAAACCUCCAACUUACUGAUGUCACACCAUUUUCAAUUGGUACUGAAAUUGGUAAAGAUGAGAAUAUGAGUUUUGUAAUAAAACGCAAUUCAAAAAUUCCUUGUAAAAAAACACAAACAUAUGUUACUGCUAAUGAUAACCAAACCACAAUGUCGUUUUCAAUUUAUGAAGGAGAAAAUGAAAACGCCAACAAAAANUUUUUUAAAAUUGAUGGAAUCUCUCCUGCUCCAAUUGGUAAAGAAAAAAUUGAUGCUACUUUUGAAAUUGAUAACAACGGAAUACUUAAUGUUACAGCAGUGAAUAGAAGCACUAGUAAACAAAAUAGCAUUACCAUUUCUUUAAACUGGAAAUAA